CUCCCUCCCUUUCCUGCUGGCCUCUCAGCAGAGGAUGUGUCUGGGUGAGAGAGAGUGUGUGUGAGGGGAAAAGAGGAAAGCCGUCAGUAGAAUGGAUUUGUGCCCUCUCUCCUCCACCGUUUCUUCUCCUCCCUCUCCUUCUUCUUCUCCUUCUUCUCCUCUGUCUCAUCUGCCCUUCUCCUUCACCCUCCCCUGCCAGAGUCGCACCCCGGGCACCCUCAGUGCCAGCCCCCAGGGACAAGGAGACUCGUGCUGUGGAUGGGCGGCCGAAAACUGAACUUCAAUGUCAGCAGGAGAUCAGAAGAAUGGUGGUGACAAACCAGGAGACACGGUGCCGGUGGCUGAGGUAUGGCCAGAGGUGGAGAGGGCUGAGCGUUUGGCCCGAGGAGCUGCCUUAAAGUGGGCGUCGGGUGUUUUCUGUCGGCCUGAACACCUGGAGCGACUGAGCCAGUACAGGAAGAGAGAGAGUCAGAGGACUGCAUCAAUACACACCAGACUCAAGUCCAUGGUCCAGUCGUACCUGGAGGGGGUAGGCUGGGGUCUGGAGCAGCUCCAGGAGGCCAGGACUGGGCUGAAAGAGGUGUCACAUGCUUUGAAGAAAGCAGGACUGGAAUCCAAUCAAAACGCAGAGGGGGUGAAGUCUCUGGAGAGGCUGAGAGACGUGUCGGUCAACCACCGUCAGCUCCUCGCCGCUGUCAGCAACCUGCCUCGACUUUACUCUGUGCGUAGCAUGGUGUUGGAGACUGAGCGUCUGGUGGAGUCCCGGCGGCUCCUGGAGGCCCACGCCCGGCUGAUGGAUCUGGAGCGCUGGCAGGACGACAUCCUCUGGCAGCUGCACGGAGCAGGAAGUACGCUCAGCACUGAGGACCACGAGCUGGUGGCCAAAUAUUUCUCUGGUGUCGGGCAGCUUGUGGACGCCCUGGGUAAGGAGCUGUGGGCGGUGGUGAGCAGUGCUCUGGCUCUGGCCCGACAAAACCCCACACCAUUCGUCUCGGCAGUGAGGAUAGUGGAGCGGGAGGAGGCCCUGGACCAAGCUCUGCUGGAGGAGAGAGGGGGGAGCAACAGCAGGCCCCUACCCCCCGGACGACCUCGCUGCUGGAGGGCAUGCUUCUUCCAGGUACUCGAGGAGGCGGUAGCUGCGCGGUUUCGUAGUGUUUCCUACCUGCACACGCGCGGUCCGGGUCUGGCAGGCCACCUCUCUGCUCUCCAGCACGCUACCAUGGCCGACCUGGCUACCGUACGCCACCUGCUGGAGCACUGCGUCCCACCACACUAUCGGCUGACAGGAGCCUACCUGAGGGCCAGUCAUCACUGUUUACAAACUCACCUGGCACAGGUUAGCAGCUGGGACCUGGAGAGUGGUGAAAUCUUUGCUGUGCUCAACUGGGUGUUACACAUCUACAACAGCCCAGACAUGAUGGGUCAUCCAGAGCUGGUGACUCAGCUGGAGAAAGAAGAGCUGGGACCUCUCAUCUCCUCCGACGGACUGGAGCAGCUGCAGAACAAAUACGUGCAGAGCGUCCGGAAGAGUGUAUCAGAGUGGAUGCACAAAGCUCUGCAGGUGGAGCUGCAAGACUGGCAGAGAGACCAGGAACCAGAUACAGACCAUGAAGGUUUCUACCAAACCAGCCUGCCUACUAUCAUCACACAGAUGCUGGAGGAGAACGCCCGGGUGGCUCUGAUGAUCGGAGAAUCCCUUCGAGAUCAGACGAUACAGAUGGGACUGUAUGAGAUGGAGAACCUCUUGAACAGGUUUCGGGAAGCUCUGGUGGAAUUUGGGAAGGAGCAUCGCAGGUAUCCCAGCAACAACAAAAACAAGUUCUACCUCCACUAUUUGCUGGCCUCCAUCAGCAACUGCAUCAUCCUCAAAAAGUCCACAGAGAGCCUGCAGCAGCAGCAGUCGUCCCGGUCGGCGGGCCAGUUCUCUCGGACUCCUCCCAACCCGCUGGCAGCUCUGGACCGGGCGGUGAGACGGGCGUGUCGCCUGGUGAUGGAUCAGCUCCUGUUGGACCUUCAGCCUUUCCUCCCGGGCCUGCUGACCCGACCCUGGUUGGUCCAGGGAGACCCCACGCCCAAACUCUGCCACGUCCUGGAGCGUCACCUGGAGCUGUACGGCCGCGUUCGGCCACCCUGCCGACAGCGUCUGCAGGAGGAGGCCCAGUGGCUGAUGGUGGUCGAGUACGUCAGGGCUCUGAUGCAGAAGAGGCUGGUGUGUCGCGGCGCUGAGGACCGGAGGCAGCUCGCUCAGCAGAUGGUUCAGGAUGACCAGCUGUUCAGAGAAAUCUUCCACGGCCUGGAGGGUGAUGGGUCAGUGCCUGAGGUCAACCCUUUAGCCUUACUACCCAUCCUGGCUGACUUCAUCCGAGUCAAAGAUCCCAGCAUGCUCACUCUGGAAGUGUCAGGACUCGCAGCCAAAUACCCCGACAUCAGUGAAGAGCAUGUAUCUGUGCUGCUGGACAUCCGUGGUGAUGUCUCCAGGGACAUCAGAGGGGCUGUGCUGGACUUGCUGGAGCAGAGCGCCCCCCCUCUGCCGGCAGGAUAUCGGCCCAUCUUCACCGACAUCCUGGUGCCUCCCUCCACCAUGGCCUUCUGUCUACCCACUGCCAAGUGUGCAUGACUACACACCUCUGACCUGUGCUCACUUUUUCACACUGAAUCCUUCAGGGUGGGUCUGAUGGAUCAUCAGCCCAGGUCCCGUCAACUCAGUUAGUUUCUGCUGUGCUGCUGACGCUGCUUCACACUCACAGUGCUGCACACAUCAUUCAUACUGGGAGCUACCCAGUGCCACCUUCAGUCUUCUUCUGUCGCCCACUGAAGCAGGUCGAGGGUUCGAGGCCUUGCUCAAGAGCAACUACUUGUUAGCGAUUCACGGUCACUUCCUGUGACCACCACAUCCGCAGCCCUGAUACAAGCUGUUGUGUCUGACGUGUCUCAGCUGCAUCAGGCAACAGGAAGAAGAAGGGUUUUUAAAUUUUCUUCUUCUCACUCAAAAAUCACGUCACAUGACUCAACAUAAACUGAAUUAUGUGAUAAAAUGAAAUACGUUCUAUUAUUGUUGUUGAUCGAUUGUUGUCCUUAUGAAAUAUAUGUAAAUGCUAAAACUUAAUUGGGGCAGGUGUGGAGCUGAGUCAGUGUUGUUUUGGGGCAACAGUGGGGCAGGUAGAAAAGAGUCAAAGUCGCCCAACAAACUCUGUUUCCACAGCAAUGUCUCAUCUCAAGUUUGCUAACAUUAGCCAUGAUAACAUCACUACUGCUCAUACCUGAACAGGUAAGGCUGUAGAAACAAAACCUGUGAGCUAACUGUGAAAAAUUCUGAGCCCAUCUUUUCCACUGAUAAACUGUCAUUCACCUCCAUUGUGUCAGGGCUGCAGCAGACACUCAUCCUGAAGCUUGGACCCUUUUAGUUAGACCACUGAUCACGUGACACACUAUUAGCAGGUCUUUUUUCAGGAUCUCUGACUCCUUAGCAACAGCUGAGUCAUAGAGAGAAAAAUUUACUCCUGUGGCCCCUGGGAUCUGCAAAUGAUCACUGAAUGUAAACAGAUUCACAGCUUCUGAUAACUUCAAACAGGAAGAAGUCUAUUGGAUUUUGAAGUAGGUCAUCAGUUGAUGUAUACGAUGCAGUGUUUAUUUCACGAUGAGCCUCAGACUCAGUGUGUGAGUUUCAGACAGAGUUAGAAUAACACAUCAUUGUUCAUUUCUGGUGUAAUCAAUGAAAAGACUGUGGUUACAACAGGCUUCCUGUGCAAAUACAAGAGAAUGGAGUCCAUAACACAUACUGACAGUUGUUUUGCUGUACGUACCAGGUGAAGGUUGUUGUUGUUAGUUACACAGUACAGUCUGUUUUCACUGAGCUGUCCUACCUGAGGAACUUAGGCUGCUAACCCAUUACUUAUAAAUCUCCCUGAAAAUCACUUUUUCAUGAAUCUCUCUUUGUGUGUUUUUAUUUUCUCCUUUUUCUCUUGCGUUGUUGUUAAUAUUGGGUGUUUUUUUAAUCUGAUUUUUAAAAAAAUAUAUAUUUAUUGUAUUUAUGUUAUACUUUCAACCUUUUCAAACUUAUUUCCUUUUGAAAAGUGUUUCUUACUGGUAUUUCAAAGGGUAUUUUGCUUGUUCUGGUUCAAUGCAAACCUCUAAAGCACAUUGUAAACUCUGUAAAAUAAAUGCUUACGAAACUGCCUCGUACAGUAAAACUUCAAAAUCAUUUAGUAAUUUAUAUAUUUAGAAUAUUAUUACAAAUAAUUUCAAUGCGAA